ACCAUUUGUUUCUGUUUAGCCCAAAAGCUUCCAAUUGAAAGAUUUCUUUCUCCGUGCAUUUUUUCCCCCAGUUUCUCCAAUUCCUCUCUUCCCGAGUCCCCCUAUUAUCAAACCCCUACUACAACCUAUAGCUUAGAAUCCCGCCAGAUUUCUCCGAUCAUUUUCCGGCGAGAUCUCAAACUUCAGUCGUCGGAAAAUUUUCGUCUGAUCCGUUCUCUGUCUUCCGAUUCGGUUAAUUAAUUUCAUAGAUCAGACUGAUGGCUCCGGUUUCGGCUUUGGCUAAGUACAAGCUAGUUUUCCUAGGGGAUCAAUCCGUCGGCAAAACCAGUAUUAUCACUCGAUUCAUGUACGAUAAGUUCGAUAACACCUAUCAGGCUACAAUUGGCAUUGAUUUUCUGUCUAAGACAAUGUAUCUUGAAGAUCGAACUGUUCGACUGCAGCUCUGGGAUACUGCUGGACAAGAGAGAUUUAGGAGUCUCAUUCCAAGCUAUAUUAGGGACUCUUCAGUUGCUGUGAUUGUGUUUGAUGUUGCAAGCAGACAGUCCUUCCUGAACACUUCAAAGUGGAUUGAGGAGGUUCGCACUGAGAGAGGCAGUGAUGUCAUCAUUGUCCUUGUUGGAAAUAAAACUGACCUUGUGGAUAAGAGGUAAGUAUCAUUUCAAAAUCUUUACCUU